GGAAAAUUUUAAUUCGGUUUUCCAAAGAUGUUAAGUCCAUGGAUGAGUUGUUACCUUUCUUUACUUUCCUACUGAUAAGAGGAUGUUUUAUUGUUGUCGGCAUGUGUGUUCUUCAAGCGAUACUCUGUCCUUAUCUAUUUAUAUUGAUUGCUGUCCUUUUAGUAAUAUUCUGUGCUUUGUGGACCAUCUUUAGCCAAGUGUUGAAAAGCGUAAAACAUNUAAAACAUUUGGAAGGAAAAUUGAGAAGUCCAGUAUUUUCACAUCUGAGUGUAUCUCUUUACGGACUGACGACAAUUAGAGCAUUUAAAGCUGAAAGCAAAUUUAAAUCCAUGUUUAAUUCGUAUCAGGAUAAGCAUACUUCAACGUUGUUUAUUCACUUGUGUUUACUUCGAUGGCUUUUCGUAUACUGUCAAAUAAUUUCUUUCAUAAAUUUAAUUAUUACUGUUAUUAUUUUCAUUGUUUUAAAUAAUUCAGGUGACGCAGGAGGCAAAAUUGGACUUGCAUUAAAUUACGGAAUAAUAAUAACUACGAAUAUUCAAUACUUUAUUACAUUAGCAUCUGAAACGGACUUUCAGAUGAACUCGGUAAAGCGCAUUCUGAAAUAUAGCAAAUUGAAAUCGGAAGCUUCGUACGAAAGUUUGCCCGAAAAACGACCACGUUCGGACUGGCCCCAAACAGGAGUAAUUCAUUUCGAUAAUGUUUCUUUACAAUACUCCGAGGAUAAAAACAUCGUUUUAAAGAAUUUGACUUUUCGUAUUGGCUCUGGAGAAAAGAUAGGAAUUGUCGGGAGAACAGGAGCUGGAAAGAGUUCAAUAAUUGGUUCGUUAUUUCGCAUGACGGAGCCAACGGGAACAAUCACCAUCGAUGGAAUCGACACUAAGGAAAUCGGUCUUCGAGAUCUACGUAGUAAAAUAUCUAUCAUUCCUCAA